AUUAUUAUUUUUUUUUUUUUCCACCCCACAGUCCCUCCAUCCAAUCACGUGUCCGCGCUGAGCAUCCUUCCAGUGGGCAGACUGGCGUGUCUUUACUGGCUUGCAGAACCAUGGACCAGUUGGGCCGGUUCCGCGCAUAACUGCAGGUUACAUGUCAUUUUCCUGCGUGGGUUUUCCUCCGCAGCUGAUCCGCUGCGUGUAACAGCGCAGGUUAUGCCACCCCAAAGUCUUCCAGGAUCCCCUAUCAUGAAAGAGAAGGGCUAACCCCCGUCCUUCUUCAGGUUCCCGCUGCACCCCGCACAUACACUAUUCCUCCUAACCCCUUUUAACCUCUGAUGUCCAGCCCUUAAAAGGUCUACUACCUUUUAUCUCCUCUAAAUUACAUUUUGGCCACUAUAGUUAACCCUCCUGCAGACCCUUGCUCUCUGCAAGCUGUCUCUCCAAUUUUCCAUUGGCUACCUGUAAGGACUCAUGGCUACGGGAGGUCAUGCUGCUGAUUCAGAUGUGCUGGUUAACUUACAACAGGUGAAAGUAGAGGAGGUUGAUGAGGAUGCAGCCGAGGAGGAACAGGAGGAAGAACAAGAGGAGGAGAACUGGGAGAAAGCUCUGUCUGUGGAACGUUUUGGAGACAUCAUCGCAUAUUCAUCUUCAACCAGCGGGGAGCGGAUGGGCCGGCACUACACGGAGAAAGACUUUGAGUUUCACAGACACACGUUUCACCACACGCACCAUCCCUUAUCGACCCACCUGCCCGCAUCCCAGCGGCAACGCAAGAGGGUUCAUAGUACAGACAGAAGAAGCAAAAAGAAACGGAAGAAAAAAAAGACCUCGCUGCCCCCGUCUGACGUGACACCCACCAUACACGAGGUAGAUGAGGAAGAGGCAGAGUCGGACAGCGAGGGACACUUGCUGAGCGCAACGCCCACAGAGUUACCUUCUACCCAGCCGCAGUUUAGUUUUGGCAGCCAAGAGGACUUAGAGGAACCCCUACCGCUUGCUACUGUCCACAUGGAAAACGAAGAAUGUCCCGUUUCAAGGAACGCAGCUCUCACUCUGAUAAAGGAGGCAGCACAUAUCGAGAGAACCGUCGCAGGUGGACACAGCGAGGAGGUGGAUGAAGGAGAAGCACCUGGCAGAAGUUCUAAACCCAGUAUUUCAGUAUCAGCCCAAGUCCUGGUACGCCCUAAGCCCGUCCACCAUCGGUUGCUGGCUGCCCAGCGCAGCAACUACGACCUGCGGGAGCGGAUCUGCAUCGGCAGCAUGACGGCCCUGGAGGCCGCCGUCUACCAGCAGGUGCCCACUGAUGAGGCCGAAGCCCAGAUGUUGGUCAGUGCUGAUCUGGACGACAUGAAAACUGUGGUUGAGAUCAAUCCAAUGUGGACAUCAUUAAAAAAGGGCGGCACACUCAUUCAGCCAACAGGCUUCUGUCACUACAGAACAUCAGCCAUCAAUACCUCUUGUUAG